AUGAUUGUCAACGAGGAUACCGUAUUGAUAGGCUCUAAAAUUGUGCUCGUGCCGUACCUGAAAGAUCACGUGGCCAAAUAUCACGAGUGGAUGCAAAGUAAAGAACUGCAAGAACUUACGGGUAAGUCCAAACUUACGGGCACGCUCGGUGAAAAG